GUGUCGCGGCGGAGACUCUUCCGCCGCCGGGCAGCGCCGGGCCCGCUUCGCUGACCGGCCGCCCCUGCAGCAGCAGCAGGGCGGGCCGCUCCUCGCUGGCACUGACGGGCGGGGCGGAGCGGAGCGGCAGGCGCCGUUGUCUCCGGAGCCGUUUGGGGUCGGGCGGAGGGGCCUCGGCCGCCCGGGGCUGAAUGGAGACUGACUGCAAUCCCAUGGAGCUGCCCAAUAAUACAGCGUUCGUGGAGGAUUCUGAUUAUAGAGAAUUCGAAGGAACAGAUGUGAAAGAUAUGAGACUAGAAGCUGAAGCUGUUGUGAAUGAUGUUCUGUUUGCUGUCAGCAACAUGUUUGUCUCAAAAACCCUUCCCUGUGCAGAGGAUGUGGCAUAUAUCAAUGUGGAAACCAGGGAAAGGAACAGAUACUGCUUGGAGCUCACUGAAGCAGGACUCAGGGUAGUAGCUUAUGAUUUUGAUCAGACUGAUGACAGAUUGCAAACUCCAUACCAUGAAACUGUCUACUCCUUAUUGGACUCUCUCAGCCCUGCAUAUCGACAGGUGUUUGGAAAUGCAUUACUACAAAGACUAGAAGCUUUAAAGAAAGAUAGUCAGUCAUGAUUUACCCAGAAGUGAAGGAGGUUUAAUGCUUGAAGGAAUUCUUAGUAUGAAGAACUGAGAUCUUUCUUACAAACAUAGCCACAACCAUCUUAAGCUUAAUUUCUUGCAUUAAUACCUAAUUCAUGCUAGCACUCCUCGGUUAACAUUUUGCUACUGUGGAUUUAUAUAUAUGACAAUGCUAUUAAAAGCUACUUUUGUAUUCUUUUUUGUUGUAGAUGAGCAAGUAAGUUGCUUUUCACAACAUUAAAAAAUUUUUCUCUUUUCAAAUUGUUAUUACGCAACACUCCAAGAAAAUAUAUAGCAGCUGAAUAUUAUAUAUACAAGUAGUAAUUUUGUGUGUGUGCUUACUGAUGAUUUUCAUAUCUGGUUUUUAAAAUAGAAGCUAACUACUUGCUCUACACAAUUAAUGAAAAAUAAUUAGGAAGAUUGCUGUUCUGCAAAUAAGAGAAUUUCUGUUUUAUUUGCUAUACACAAAUCUGUAAAUUAUCAAUUUUGGUAACAAGAAAGAUGGUUCUUAAACAGUUCGAGCAUUGCUUAUUUACCGACAGUAUCUGUGUUUAAAGCAAGGCUCGGUAUUUUUUCAUCUGUCCUUGUCUACAGCAACCUCCAGGAAACUCCAAGUAAUAAAUGAAAUGUACUGCUAAUAUAUGAAUGUAUUGUCUGAAUUGCAAAUGAGUUAAGCACAGAAUUAGGAUGAAAUGGGCUACAUUUCCUGAAUUUUAUUAUAUAUGCUAUAUAUAUAUGUAUAUGUAUGCAAGGAUUGGAAGGCAUUUUAGCUAUUUACUAUUUUGAAUGUGUGUUUACAUGAUGUACAAGAUCUACCCAAGAAUAUUUUUGCUUCAUCUUUUACUUUCUAUAAUACAAUACUUUGGUACUCCUGUUUUUCAUAAUUUCUGCCUCAAUUGUACAGUGUCCUAAGAAUGCUAACUAAGCACUGAAAGGUUAUUGCAUUGGAUUGAUUUGAAACCAAAGGCUGUAUGAAAUUUGCUAAGACUAAUACAAACUGGCAGAUAUAAUUUGUAUUUUCUACUUUAAAACUGUUAUGUCUUUAUAAAUCCAUUGUUCUGCUAUAACUUUUCAAGUAUGUACUGAAUGGUAGACUUUUUUAAAAUUAACUGGUUAGAAAUACCAGUACUGUUGAACUAACAUUCUGUGAUGUUCAUAGUUUUUGCAUUCUUCUAUUAUUCAGUAUUUGUGCAUCUUUAUUUAUUUAAACAAUCCUGAUAUUGUUCUACCAUGCUUUUCUGAUACGUACACACAGUGCAUUUUUUGGAGCCACAUUUAGGGAUACAUUGGUUCUCAUGAAGUCACAGAUUCCAGUUAUGUCAGUAGAACUAUAUUGACUUCUACCUUCUAAGGAUUAGUCAUAGUAAUGGAGAAGCUUAGUAGAGGUUUUGUAAUAGCUUUGAGGUAAUGAUGUACAACUAUUACUGACAUCGCAACUGUAGUUAGCACUUCCGUUUUCCAGAGCUUUGUGUUUAUUUUAGUAUCUUUUUAGGUUGAAACUUCAGGUACUAAUCUUCUGCCCCAGGGUAUGAUUCCAUGCUCUAAAACUUGCUCAUAGACUCUCUUUUGCACACAGGUCUGUGGCACAUGGUUAGUCCUCUGUGAGGAGAAUGUACUUUACCAAAUUUAUAUUUGAAUAUUUUUCCCUUGCAACUAAUUUACUUGUUCAAUUUCAAUGACUAAAGCAUUAAAUAAAUGCACCAGUGUGUUGUCA